UCUCUCCACCACCCUGUAUCCCCUCAAAGCCACAUCCCGGAGCCUCCUGCCAUCUAUCUCCGCGGCACAGCGGCUCACUUUCCCCGCUCGCUCCUUUGCACGAUCCAUUAUGGCGUCGUCAAGCUCAAGUGCGUCCGCAAACGGUGUUCCCGAUUUUGAAGCGAGACAAUGGGAUCGGUUGGCAGUUCGUAUGGAGGGGUUCCACAGUUACUUCCGGGUAUCUUUCAAUUCCAUUUAUGAUCUCGCCGAUAAGUUUGAAGACCAAAAGAUUACGCUGCAGGAUUUCGUAGAUCAUGCCUUAGAGCUCGAUUCACAUCUCCAUACCCACCACUCCAUCGAGGAUAUCUACAUCUUCCCUAUCCUGGGAAAACGCAUGCCCGCCUUCGCACCCACGGGUACGCACCCCGAACACCAUCGACGUAUCCACGAAGGUCUGGAACAGUACGUUCAGUACCUCAAAGCCGUGAGGGCUGGGGCAGAAGACUACGACGCCAAGGUCCUACGGGAGAAGUUGGCUGCGUUCAGAGGUGUUUUGUUUGAGCAUCUGGAUGAAGAGGUUGAGCAUCUAAGGGGUGAGAACAUGAGAAAAUACUGGACGUUGGAUGAGGUGAGGCGUUUGCCGAUGUAGUUUUCUCACAAUCUACAGGAUCUAGGAUACCCAGUCAUAUACCCAAUCAAGUCAUGCCAAAUAGAGUAUGUACAAAAUGCUAUAUAUUCGCAAG